ACCCCUCUAUGUUAUUUAGGCCUAUGGUUGUCAUGGAUACACGCAGCAGGUACCUACUUUGUGGAACAAAAUACAUUGUAAGGUGUGUAUGGUUGACGCAAAGUCUAUUCUUGGAAUAACCGCCACUAAAAAAGGAACAAGGGAUAAAAUCAAAAGGUGUACAAGACACAGAAGUUGGAGCAAGGAUGCCCCAUGCGGUCCUCCAAUAAACACCUGCUGGUGGCCGCGUGUGCCACUUGGGCAUUCCUCAAAUUUACAUUUGCUGGUUUUGCCUGCCUCAGCAACCCCUGCGUUUAUGGAAUUUGCAUCGAUCACCUCAACAGUUCGUACACUUGUUACUGCAUCGAUGGCUACACUGGAGUUCAGUGUCAGACUAACUGGGACGAAUGUUGGUCUUCGCCGUGUUUAAAUGGAGGAACUUGCCAGGAUGGCGUGGCUGCUUUUAACUGCACAUGUCCUGAUGGUUACACAGGUGACACGUGUGAAGAAAACCUAGAUGAAUGCGAUUCUAACCCUUGCUUCAACAAUGCCACUUGCUUGGAUGACAUCAAUGGCUACACCUGCGUAUGUCCUCCUGGGUAUUCUGGUUUGUUCUGUGAGACUGAUGAAGCUGUGUGCAACACCACAGAAGAAUCCCGUUGCAUGAAUGGAGGAAUCUGUAUUGAGGGACGAGGAGAUUCGUUCACGUGUUCUUGCCUCGAAGGUUGGACCGGUGCAGUGUGUGAAACUCCCACUGAUGAAUGCGCUUCUUCACCGUGUCUGAACGGUGGUGUUUGUGUCGAUCGCCACGCAGACUACGCCUGUGCUUGUCCCUUUGAAUACACAGGUAAGAACUGUGAGGUGAAGCUUCAUCACUGCGUCACUAGUCCAUGCGAGAACGAUGCUCUCUGCCUAAUGGAGGAUGGAAUGAGAGUAUGCUACUGUGUGCCCGACUACCAUGGGGAUCGAUGCCAGUUUCAGUAUGACGAGUGUCAACUUGGACCAAGGUGUUUGAAUGGCGGAACGUGCUUGGACGGCGUGGACAGCUACACCUGCUCCUGUCCACCUAAUCUGACAGGUCAAUUCUGUGAAUGUCUCAUCACUGAAAAUGAACAGCUUAACUGUUCUUAUAUCCUACCGUCCGUAACAACACUGCUUCCUUCAAUAAGUACAGAGUCCACACCUUCAUUCAUAACUGAAGUGCCUUCAACAUUUGUUGCCAGAAAUGUUACAGGGCCAAUUGUAACCCCUACUGGACAAACAACAGAAAUAAUGUUUUCAACAGAAGAGACUAGAAUUACUUCUGAAGUUUCAACAUAUUUUGUGCCUUCCUCACAAACUUCACCACAGGUGUCUGAAUCGACCACUCAUGAUAUAUAUUCACUUUCUGAAACCUCAGCUUCUGAGAUGGUAUCUUUAUCUUCCAAAUUCACAUCAUUUGGUGAAACAAUGUCCAGUCUCAUACCAGAAGUAACUUCUUCUGGAAUUACCGAAACAACAUCUACAGUGGUGCCUUCAACAUCAUCUUCCAUUUCUACUUUCACUGGAUCUGUAACUUCUUCAGAAGUAUCAACUGCGAGUGAAGCCAAUGUAACCACCAAAACAGAAACUGAAAUAUAUACCUUUCUCACUGAGAGUGAAAUUCCACUAACAUCAUCCAAGAUUCCAGAAACUAGUCCAACUGAAGGAACGUCAACAUCGGAAAUGCUUGAAACUCUUUCAACACUGUAUUCUAACAGAACAGAAGAAUCAACUUCAACAUCCUCUCCAGAACUGUCAAGCGCUUCAAUUGUCACUGCCGGCAUAUCUUCAGAACUUCCUCCAAUUGUCAAAAGUGAAGAAUCAACAUCUCCCACACCCAUAUCAACAGACGAGGCCUCAGGUACGAUGCCAUCUUCAUCUGAGAAGUCUACAGUUGCAAUUUCCCUGUAUCCAGUGACUGCGAUUACUCCUCUCACAGAAGAAGUGCCUUCAGAGAACACGACCGUAGGUGGGGAAUUUACUACACCUGUCAGCAAUGAAUCAUCGAGCGAAUACCCUGUCACAUUUUUCCUUACAACUUCUCCGCGUACUCCAGAUAUGAUGACAACUGACACACUCGUGCCUACAGAGUUCACUUCUGAUCGAUAUCCUUCAUCAACAGACGUGCCAGAUUGCAGCAUAACCCCCUGUCAUAAUGGAGGAACUUGUGUUCACACCAAAGAAGGCCCUCAGUGCAUAUGCAAGUUUGGUUGGCAAGGAGCACUGUGUCAAGAGUAUACUGGGAUCAAGAUAGCCGCCUUCACAGGACGAUCGUACCUCAGUCACAGACUAAGCAACAGCACCGGAACUCAUAUUGAACUGAUAGCUCGAACGAUGGCUCCUAUGGGCAUCUUGCUGUACGCCCAUCUCACGCCUCAUAUGUACAUGUACCUCUACCUUGAAGAUGGGCUCCUGAAGUUCCAGUUCUCCUGUGGAAUCCAAACAAUGCUCUUCAGCGAAGUGAAAUUUCAAGUUAACAAUGGAUUUGAUCUCGUUAUACAAGUCACGUUAGAGCUCCUUCCUCCUAGUGGAGAAUUCAGACGUUGUGCUGCUUCAUUGCACAUUAACAGUACGUUAGUAAUGAGUGGGGAACAAAUAGCUGCAACUCCUACUCACACCAGAGCUAAUUCGUGGCUACACCUGGCAGGAAUUCCUCCACAGUUCUUAGCCCCAAAUGAGGCUCCAGUAACCAAUGGAUUUACAGGCUGCAUGCAAGAUCUCAUGAUUGACAACGUGACCAAGAACAUCUACAGAGACGCAGUUAACGGAUAUGAUGUUACAGAAUGUCCAUCACUUGCAUGUCUAUCAAAUCCUUGCUUUGGAAGUGCAACGUGUGUGGAGCAUUACGACAAGUGGACCUGCCUAUGUCCGUCAGGAUUUGUGGGAGUAACAUGCGAACAGUCAAUUUGUGAAGAUAAUCCAUGUCAGUUCGGUUCUACUUGUGUGCCAUAUCCUGGAAGUGGAUUCCUUUGCCUCUGUCCAUUAGGGAAACAUGGGAUCUACUGCGAACAUGAUCUUGAGGUUGGUCAGCCUUCAUUUUUCUCCUCUGUAGGUGGCCUCGCAUCCUACGCAGCCUACCCCAUACCAGGGGCCAUACAUAACAGUAUGGAGUUAAAGUUCAAGUUCAUUCCAUCAACAGUUGAUCAAAUAGCACUCAUGGUAUUUGUUGGACAAGAUGGCUUCCAUGACUCCAGAGCUGACCAUCUGUCUGUCAGCUUCAUUCAAGGAUAUGUGGUGCUGACAUGGAACCUUGGAUCUGGUCCUCGAAGGAUUUUCACACCUCACCCUGUGACUCAGAGAGCAAAUCGUCCUCACACAGUGAGACUGGGUAGAAUAGGACAAGUUGCUUGGCUCAUGGUAGACAAUCUUCAGAACGUUAGUUCCAGAUCUCCAGGACGUCUCUCGCAACUUAACACGAGAUCUCUGCUUUAUCUUGGAGGCCACGAAUCAAGGAAUUUCUCCUUACUGCCUCAUGACUUGCCCUUGCACUCGGGAUUUUCCGGCUGCCUGUUUGAUGUGGAGCUGCGAGCUGGACGUAUAGCAGUAGCCCUUCAAAGGACUCAACCUGCAACUGGUCGCAGCGUUGGACAGUGUGGAACGAGCGAAUGUCAUGAACACGCCUGUCAACACGGAGGAGCCUGCCUUCACCAUGGUGCCACAUACACAUGUUUAUGCCCCGAGGGCUGGUUUGGGCCCAUAUGUGCUCUUCGUUUCAAUCCAUGCGAUUUAAUGAGACACAACUGCAGCUCUGGAGCAACGUGUGUUCCUCUGUCCACUGGAUAUGAAUGCGACUGUCCUCUUGGCAAGGCAGGAACAUUUUGUGAAAGAGAUGAAGCCCUUUCCGACGUAGCCUUCUCUGGUACACGUUCUUACCUCUCCCUGCCUCCAGUGGAGCUGCACGACCAACACUCGUUAAUUGAUAUCGAGGUGCGACCACUUUGUGACCGAGGAUUGUUGAUGUUUCUUGGGCAGCAAGAUGGAAAUAGUUUCUUGUCACUGUCGCUGCAAGGAGGAGUGCUAGAGCUGCGAUUAGCAUCAGGGAAGCUUCGUAAGCGUGGCGAACCUAUUGUAGUGCGCAGUGGACAUGUGCUCGCGAUUGGAGAGUGGCACCGUGUAGUUGCCGAGCAUCGCGGUCGACGCAUUUUUCUCCGAGUGGAUGGCAUAGUGCACAUACUCAGCACAUUACUCACAUUUAUCAUUCCGAAGUCAACAAACUGUGAUUACAUCAAACAUGUGUUAUGCAUCGCAGGAGGAGCACCAGAUCUAUCCAAACUUCCUGUUGGUUCAGUUUCUGGAUUACCAGUUCCAUUCAAAGGCUGUAUCCGUCAAUUGUCGUUAAAUUGGGAUCGCACAGCACUAGACCGUGACCACAUCACGGCAGCUCGUAAUAUUGCCGACUGUGACGGUACAGGAUGCGGAGGAGAUGUAUGUGAACAUGGUGGAAGCUGCUGGCUAGACAAUUAUCAUGAUCCACACUGCACUUGCCCUCAGGAGUAUACAGGACUCAGGUGUGAAACAAAGGUAUCCUGUAUGGAACACGUCUGUCAGAACAAUGGGCGCUGUGUGAAGGAAACUAGUUUCACUGCUCGAUGUCACUGCCCUGUUGGAUGGGGAGGAGAUUUCUGUGAACAAGCUGUAACAUUAGGAUCCCCUCAAUUUGGAGGUAACAGUUACCUGGUGGUUGAGAAAGCUGCCCAAGUUGCAAAGCACAACGAAGGAAGUUCACAAGGCAGCACUGAUAUCAGUUUCCUGUAUCUUAAUUUUUCAACUGCAGAACCUGAUGGAAUGAUUCUUUGGAGUGCAAAGGGUGACGAGUUCAUUGGCGUAGGUGUUGACAACGGUUUACUGAAACUAGUAUGGGGAAUGGAUGGACCUACAGACAAUAAGAUUCUGAUUCUAGCAGCUUCAGUAGCUGAUGGAGAAUGGCACAAUUUAAUCCUAAACUUCAGUCCCAACAACAUCACACUUUGGGUGGACAGAAUCCUGGAACAUUCUGAAAGUAGUCCAGGCCAUUCAGACAGCCAACCUCUCACCACAGACGGGGUCUUUUAUCUAGGUGGGUUUCAAGGACAGAAAUCUGUUCAACAGGAAACGUCAGGUCACUUCACAUCGACAUUUACCGGCUGCAUAAAAGAAUUUGCUUGGGCAGAAGACGCAGUAAUCACAGAUUUUUCAAGGUACAGAGGUGAAAACAUUCAAAGUUGUGAUUUUUUUUAGCCACAAGCUUGCAAAUCUAAGUCAACAGAGUGUUUGGCCACAUGGUCCAAGUAGGGUAGAUGGCAACAGCAGCUGAAGUUAGCAGAAAGAACUGGUGCUUCAAGUACAAAUACACUGCCACAUACAGUGAUAAAUAUUUUCAGCCCAUCACUGCCAACAAAAUGAAAUGGCAAAAAAAAGUACCUUAAAAUUUCAUAUCAAAUUUACUUAAAAACUUGCAUUAUCAUUCUACCCAUAAAUUAAUGAUCUUCCACCACUCAGAAACAGGGUUUUGAUAAAACGCUGCUUUUAAUGAGUUUAAUAUCAUGGAAUUCAAGAACACAAAGCAUCUUUGCUUUGAAGCCUAGAAACUAAGAAGCAUCUGAACUGUAAUGCUUCUCUGACUCAGCACAGCCUAAGAAAAUGAUACCUUCAUCGACCCACGGACACCAUAAAAUAGUGUCCCAAAAAGACACAUUAUAUAUAAUACAGAAUAUUAACCUUGCGUACAUCUUUUUGGGACACAUGUAAAUGAUGAUAAUUGGGUAUGUUGGACAAUCAGGUUUUUAAUGUAGUUUAAAGUUAAAUCUAGUGCUUAAAUCAGUAACAUUCUGGCCUUAUACUUAUAACUUUAUACAAACAUUUGUUGAUAAAGCCAUUUCAUAAAAUUCACAAAUACCAUAUCGGCCUUCUGUUAAAUGGGCUUCUUAAAACAAAUCAAACAUUCAGAACAAUGAAAUCCAUCAACGACAAAACAUCAGAUAUGCCCAGCUACUUACACAGGUGAAUUCGAUUUUAACAUUUUUUUGAGAUGUAAGAAUAACACAGCUAUAACAAAUUAUGAAAAUUGUAAUGCACAAGAAAGAAAAUCAAACUUCUGUUUAUAUUUCAGUUACAUAAUUGUUUCAGAGUUCAGAGUGUGUUAUUUAUUGUGUCUAGUCUGUGCUUUGAUAAUUUAUAUUGCAUUUAUAAUGUUAUUAAGUUUAUUAAAUGUUGUAACUAAUUA